CACCAACCCACGACUCUACAUUUAGCAGCCCAACUGACACUCCCUCUGAGUAACCCAGAGAUUUGUCUCGCCCUGUCAGUGGCCACUGCACAUCCGGAUCUUCUGAACCCUGCCUUUGGGCCCCAGUUGCUGGCUGCGUGCCUGGGUACAAGCCGCCGCAACGCAACUCCCGUCCGCGUUGAUCAUCCCCCAUGAUCUCAAUUGUUGCAACUUGGCCCACCAUUACCACAGUCGCUGCUCGAUAACCUCAAUUGCUUCCGAGUAUUGCCCAACAUCGAACAAUCCUUCUCGGCCGUCCUAUCUGCUCCGAAUCCUGCCUGCCUCAGUCCGAUGAUUAAAGGAGUCCCCUCCGCAGCACCAACCUGUCGGCCAUUGCGCGCAGGAGGCCGGCCAGGAGGGAAGGCUGUUGCCUGUGUUUGCACGCGCCUUUGAUAAAGGAUAAGCCAGUUCCGUCCGCCCUGGAGAGCUAUAACCGCUUCUGGUCCGCUCCAUGCAGACCUCAACCCGGAGUCGAGACACAGGCGCGAGCUUCGCUGCUCGCCAAAGGGGGCACCUGCCCCGAUUGUCGAUAAGCGACGAAAACCACCAUGUUACUGAAACCAUUGGCUACCUCUACGAUGACGAUCCCGAGCAAGACCAACAGCACUCGUCCUAUUCGAGCCCGUAUCAGAGUGCGAAUUCACAAUCACAAGUUAAAAUCAAUGGCCACCAAGUGGAAGACGAUGUGACCCCCAGGAGGACGCCGUCCAUAGCGAGGAAGCAGUUACCCUACCGAGAUAUGUCAAACGAUCAUGUUGUCGCACAACCAAACGGCGUCUCCAGAGGAUCCUCUGGCCAGGUUAAUUCUUGGGAACACCGUAAUCACACAUCUUCGUCGCCCGCAUCUGGCACGAGGGAACGAUCACCUUCCGACACCGCCACUUCUCCCUUCCCUUUAAAUGAUAUCGACUACGAGUCCAGUCCGGCAGGCCUGGCGCAAGAGCUGAGCAAUUUACAAGCCUUAAGACGGAUGUCAAUGCAUAUGGGCGCAGCCGAUGAUCCAGACCUUCCUCAACUGAGUGCAGCCGGCAUGCCGAGUGCACCAUCCCCGACUUCCAGCGAAGACGACUCCUCAAGACUAUUCUGGGUGCCGGCCCGAUUGCACCCAGAACUCGCUCCGAAAGAAUUCAAGACCUUUUUGGAGAGCAAAGCGGAGCAAAUCAGAAGGAGAUCUGGCGAACUGUCCGCUUUUACUACCCCAUCCUCCUCCCGAUCUUCCUCAUUAAGCACUGAAGGAGGAAGCUCUGGUUUGCGCAGGAAGAAGUCAAUGCUAUCUCGCCAGAUUGAUAGCUCUGUGGGAUACCAAGAUGGUGCAGACCGAUUAGAGAGGAAAAGAUCACUGUCGCGCCGGACUGGCCCACAGGACCCAAAUUUGCAGGAGCUGGAAACAUUGGUUGCAAACACCCCGGGUUUAUCAAGGCCGAGUCUAGAGCCCUCGUCAGAAGAUGAUGCGCCAGAUAUCAUACUACCGUCAGUCCCAGGCAACAGUUUGAAAAGGUCCACGCGAACAACUUAUAGGCGCGGUGGAAGUGUCAAAGGCAGGGGAGACCGAGGCACCUAUGCUCAACGUGCGGCGAGAAGGGCUGCGGCUGGCAGCCCUUCAGGCAGCAGACCCGAAUCGCCUGAAUCCAGUGUUCCGGCAAUUCCUCCGCUGCCGAACCUAUCUAUCGAGGGUCCCAGCCUUGCGCAGACUUUGAAGGGUCUAUCUAGCACAGAAAAUGCUGGAAGAACCGCCCCUACAAAUUUCUCCCGACCGGCAAACUCGUCCACCGCAAGCGGGAAUUCGUCUGUGUCAACAUCAUUUGACUACACGUUCAGCAACGACGAUGAAACGAAAAGAACGACCUCAGCAGGUCCGCCCGAAUCGCGAAAAUCACCACCUCCUCCAAAAUCACCUCCAUCAACGAGUGUUUCGUUUGAUCGAAAACCUGUGCCCCAGAUUGUUGAGACUCCGCCUCCCCCAGAGGCUCCUCAAGUCUCUGUCCAGCCUCCGCGGUCCUCUUCGAUGACGCCUCCACCUGUGCAACAGCUAGUACGACACCCUGAGAGAGUGUCUUCUCGAGAUGAUAGCCGGACAAGAGCCAUUUCCCCGCAAAGGCCAUCAAUGCCUUCCAGGGGCUCCAUGCCAGCAAUUACAACACGAACAACAUCUCCAGCAAGCCAGAUACCGCCACAGUCAAAGCCGACCCAGAGUCUUGAACAGCCAUCUCCUUUGCCUGGAAAUGAUACGAAUACGAGCAACUUAUCCUUUAUACCGACACUGACUGUGGAUAAGAGGGCGGCCGAACAUAAAAAGAAGGAAGAGACCAAAAAAUCGAGCUGGAGUUGGUUGCUAGGCAAAGAAGAUGGAGACAAGGACAAAUCGGAGAAACCGAAGGCCAAAAUCUCCAAACCUCCACAGCAACAUGACAAUACUCGACUUGACGUGCUCCAAACGUCCAUCGACGGAGGUGUCCGCGGGCGUGAAAGCCUUGUUCUGGACCGGGAACACCUGAAGCUCGAUGAAGAACGCAGAAAGGAAAGCCAACGGAAAGCGUCAGGAAGUGACAAGAAGGAGAAAGAAGGCCUUUUCUCUUCUAUAUUCGGUGGGAAAAGGAGCAAGGGCGAGAAGGACAGCAGCUCAAAGAAACACCGCGACAGAGGUCUAUCGCCCGAACCGCCAUACCGAGAACUGAAACCCGACAUCGACUAUAACUGGACCCGAUUUUCGAUCCUGGAAGAAAGGGCCAUCUACCGCAUGGCGCACAUCAAAUUGGCCAACCCUCGUCGAGCCCUGUACUCGCAGGUGCUCCUUAGUAAUUUUAUGUACAGUUAUUUGGCAAAGGUCCAGCAGAUGCACCCACAAAUGAAUCUCCCGACGAGUGCCAAACAGCAGCGGAAGCAGCAGCAGAAAGAGCAGCAGCAACCGGACGAAUAUGUCCAAUAUCAACGAUACCAACAACAACAAGCGCAACAGCAGCAGCAGCCGUACCAAGGAGACCAGUCAUAUGGCUCCCAACAGGACUUUGCGGGUGAUGCGCCCACUUACGAUUAUGAUGCUAGCAAUUCGAGGCCUAGUUCAAGGGGGAGCAAACAAUCGGUUGAAGGUAAUGGCUCAGCAUAUGGCGGCGGCGCCGGAGGAUAUAAUCAAUACUAUCACAACAAUCAACCACAAGAGCAGUUACACCAGGGCAAUUCGCGACAGGGCGGAUCCCAGCUGGACGAUGAUGACGAUGACAUGUGGUAAUAUUCGGUGAGCUCUGAUGCGAAGGCACUGCUGCUGGUUCUCUAUGACCGCUAGCUGCUUAGUCGCUUUGAUAUUGGACAAGAUAUACUGCUCAAAGGCUUCGCUCAUUGGGAUUCCAAUGUGUUUCAAGCGCUUUCCCUCGUCAAUUCUAGCAUAGCGGGUGGAAGGAUGUGGGCGUGUUUGUGAUGGAAUAUCUUCAACCUAAGGAACGGUACGAUCACAUAUCUCUCGAAAUGACAUUACAAUAUUUUGACACAUGGACCAAACUCGACAUUGUAUCUCAAGAACCUGGCACAGGAACCAAACACGAAUUUUAUCAACGGAGAUUGGGAGAGGAAAACAGGAAGACUUGGUCGGCAUCUGGGAUCCGUGCAGAUAUGUUGACACAGGCCGCACGUGCUGAGGGACUGCCCAGAGGAAGCCUUUGUCCAAUUGUUUAGUUACCAUUGUACAUAGAAGAAGAAAGUUCCAGC